AUGAACAAGACAAUGAUUUCUCAAGAACAAGGGACGCAGUCGGAUCAAUCUAAUAUUCUACCUGUUCGAUUCUGUGGUUUAAAACUCAAAGAUACUUUGCAGUUUCUAUCCUCUUUGCUUUUGCCACUGGUAUUAGGCGUCUUCACCCUCGUUAUAACUUUUCAACAACAGGAAAUAGCAAAAAAACAACGUGAAGAAGAUCGAAUAGAAUCACAGAGACUUCGCCAGCUGGAAAGGAAUAUAUCCCAACAACAGCGCGAAGAAGAUCAAAUGGGGUCCCAGAGACUCCGCGAGCUGGAAAGGAAUAUAUCCCAGCAACUACGCGACGAAGAUCGAAAUGCAUCCCGACAACAGCGACUCGAAGAUCAGCGUGCAGCCGAGCAAUUGCGUGAACAAGAAAGGAACGCGUCCCGAGAACAACGCCUUGAUGAUCAGCGAGCAGCUGAAGAGUUGCGUAAACAAGAAAGAUAUUUGAAUAGUGAACGAUAUCAAGAUGAAAUUCUCGAUACUUAUAUUAAAGAGAUCGGUGAACUUCUAGAAAGAUACACUGGGUCAUUGACAUCCAAUGAAGUCGCCUCUACGCUUGCUCGAGCUAAAACUCUUAAUAUCUUCCGUAAACUCGAUCCGCAACGGAAUGGGCGCGUUAUUCGGUUUCUUUACGAAGCAAAACAACUCACUGAAACACAAAAUCAUAGUUCCAUAGACCUAUCAACAGCGGAGCUUAGUGAUAUCGAUUUUCGUAAUGCAUCAAUAAAUAAAAAAACAUUGAAAGACCUUGUGUUAACUGGUAUCUUUCUAUCAAAUGCUUUAUUUGUUGAUAUUAAAAUGAAAAACAUCAACUUUGAUGAUACUCAGUUUGAUAAUGCAAACUUUUCGUCUACACAGCACAACGAAGUCAGCUUUACACGAACUGAAUUCCGCUAUUCUGAUUUUUCUUCUACUCAACUCAAUGCUACUAACUUUUUAUUCGCUAAACUCAGCGACGUAAUAUUUUCCUCUGGAAAAUUCGAGAAUGUCAAUUUCAAUUCUACGGAGCUCAAUACGGUAGAUUUUUCUACUAGUCAAUUGACUACUGUGGAAUUUAAAUCUGCUGAACUCAAAGAUAUAAAGUUUUCGAAUAUUACGGCCGACAAUAUUGACUUUACGGCAGCGAAGCUUGAGAAUGUCGAUUUUUCAACCAGUAAUCUUACCACUGUGAAAUUUAAAUCUACUGAACUCAAAGAUAUAAAGUUUUCGAAUAUUACGGCCGAAAAUAUUGACUUUACAGGAGCGACGUUUGAGAAUGUCGAUUUUUCUUAUGCUCGACUUAAGAAUGUGAAUUUUUCAUCCAAUUCGAUUUCUAACGUUAUUUUUGCAAACUCGCAUUUUGAUAAUGUGAAACUUGUAUUUCGCACACUUUAUAAUGUGGAUUUUUCAAAUAUGCAGCUCGAUAGGAUUGAUUUCAGAUCCAAAAAUCUUACGAAUGUCGAUUUCUCAUCUGCUACGUUGAGAUACAUCGACUUUUCAGUAGCUACAUUAAUCAACGUAAGCUUUUCAUUUGCCAUAUUAGUUUCACCGACAUUUUCCAAGACUAAAGCAGCUAACACGAAUUUUCAACAAGCACGCUCUGUUUCAGCUGAUUUUAAGUCUGCGAAAUUAUCUGGUUCCAACUUUGGGGGUUCAAGUGCUACACGUGGUGAUUUUGUACUUGCUGACUUGACCAAUGUUAGCUUUGAUGGUGCCACUUUGUACAGGGCCAAUUUUGGUAACACUAAUAUGACUCACAAUCAGCUGAAUAGUGCACUCUCUAUCCAAUAUGCCAUGGCACCUAAUAGAACAGUUUUGCAUGACAAGAAUUUGAUCAAUAAUGGUCAUGCUGAUUGCAUAAUGCCUCUUAACAAAAGUUGGACAUUAAAAACUGGCAUAAUCUCUACAGCAAUAUUGACUGAUCGUUCAACUGAUUGUCGCUUCGUUUUUCAAUCACGUCGCACUGGAGCCAUCAUGUUUCAACGUAUUGAUUUAUCCAACAAGUGGAAUUCAGCAGCUUGGUCAUAUUCACAAGCGGUGUUGAGUGCAGAAAUGAGUACAGGCGUACAAAUUGAAUUGAGGGGAAUUGACGUCAAUGGUUCAGUUAUUGCCCAUGAUGUAUUAAAUAUAAACCAAACAAAAACGAAUAUGAUAUUGCGCAGUGAAAUGUAUGAACUUGAAGUUUUCAUUGAUUUCGCUGCAUCAACCAAUCAAAAUCCUGCAGAAAUUUGGUGUGACAACAUCCAUUUAUUCAUCGUCUAUGAUGCAUAUGGUGCAUUUCAACAAACCAUUCCGAAUAUUCCCACAAGUACUCAUUGGUCACAGUAUGGUGUUACUGUUGCUGGAGGUACAAAACGUGGCAGUACUGUCAAUCAUCUCUCGGAUCCUCACGGUCUAUUUGUUGACGAUGAUCAAACAAUUAUCAUUAGUGACAUGUGGAAUCAUCGUAUCGUUCAAUGGAAGAAUGGUGAAAUCAAUGGACAAGUCAUUGCUGGUGGCAAUGGCAAAGGAAAUCGAUUGGAUCAAUUCAAUCAACCAACUGAUGUGGUCAUCGACAAAGAGACCGAUAGCCUCAUUAUCUGCGAUUGCAAGAACGAUCGAAUCGUCCGAUGGUUUCGGCGUAGUGGCACUACACAAGGUGAAAUCCUCAUUAAUAGCACCGCUUGUUGGGGAUUGGCCAUGGACGAUCAGAGAAAUCUCUAUGUCUCUGACACCAAUAAAGAUGAAGUCCGACGGUAUCCAAUAGGUGGCAAGAAUGGAACUCUCGUCGCUGGUGGCAAUGGCAGAGGUGCUCGUCCCAAUCAACUCAACUCUCCGAAUUACAUCUUUGUCGACCGACAACAAGCUGUCUACGCGUCGGACUCCUUAAAUCAUCGUAUCAUGAAAUGGCAUAAAGAUGCAAAAGAAGGGAUUGCAGUCGCUGGAAACCCAGUUCAAGGGAAUGCUCUGACACAAUUGUCUUAUCCUGAAGGGCUCUUCGUCGAUACCUUGGGUAACCUCUAUAUUGCAGACAGCGCAAAUAAUCGCGUUCUCCGUUGGCCUCAAGCUGCGAAACAAGGCACUGUUAUUGUGGGUGGAAAUGGUGAAGGAUCCACAGCAAACCAGUUUCAUUACCAGAGAGGUCUGUCCUUCGAUCGUCAUGGCAAUUUCUAUGUUGUUGACCACAGCAAUCAUCGUGUACAACGAUUUUCAAUCGAAUAG